GUCCAGGCUCUUCAUUCUGGGUGCCCGUGGCCACCACCUCUCUUGUGCAUUUCACUUGCCCUGUUUUCUCCUUUGUCUAGUACCUUAUCUUUUUCAUCAACUGCACCUUCUAGAAUUGUCAUGUGACAUAUAUUUCCUUCCUUCCUUCAUUCUAUCCAUUUAUUGUCAAUUCACUUGACUAAUUGUAAUCAUGUAUUUAUUACUACAGAAGAGCCAAAAACUGAGCCAGGAACUAGGAGGUAGUUGGGAAUGGUGUCCAGAAGCUUCUUUCCUGAGCCAGAAGAGGACCUUCAAAUUGGUGUCUUCUGGGAAGGCAGGUCCCCAGAUAGAUCAAAGAGAGGCCACCCCUUGGUAGGUGAGGCCUGAGAAGAGUCCCUGACUGCAUCUCCUGGGGCUCCCAGAGUAAAGUCAUCUGAUGGCUCCCACUUACUCAGAGAUGCCCUGUAGUCUGGCCACCUCCGUUUGUCCCUAGAGAUACCAUUCAUUUCUCAGAAAAUCCCAAGUAAGGAGUCCCCUGAGGAGGAAACCCCCCACCAUUAACUCUUCUGCCCUAGAAAGUAUCUGAACUUCUCCUUUGUUUUCUGAGUCUAAUCUAUUUCCCUCUUAUGACAAAAUAAUCUCCCAAGAUUUUGGUCUUUUUAAUUCAAAAUAGGAAUUUGAAAAAUUACAAGAUGCAAAUGUCAGGCUCUCAAACCACUCAUCUGGGGAGGGCUGGGUGACCUGGUGGGCAUCUGGGCUGGUCACUCUGAUGGAGCCUUGAGAGAGUCUCAGCCCCGCUGGCCUCAGGGUCCACAUUCAAAGAGUUGGGGGCAGCCCCCCCCGACCCCGGUGGUUGCUGGGGCUGAAAAUGGUCAAGUCAGUAGAGUUACUUGGUACAGUACAAAAGAAGACAGGUAACUAAUUGAUACCAUUCCCUCCCUUUUUCCCGGAAGCAUGUAUAUUGAGUUGAGAGGAAAGGAAAGAGUAGUGAAACUAACAGCAAUAUCAGGGUGGUACGGUUCUCAGGGCUUUAUUUCUAUAUGUUUUGUGCAGUUAAAAAAGGAUCUAUCUGACCAUUUAUUUCAUAAUCAGAAAAAGUAAGCAUUAUUUUAAAAUUACCACAGGUUUUUUAAAAUGUAGUGCUGAUCUACCCUGGUUCUCUUUCAUCCACAUGCUUGUAUACUCUUCAGACACUCAGAUUUCCUAAGCCUGAUUGUCUGUUAGUGGAACCUUUGAGCCUUCUGAGCCCGGUGAGUUCUGCUUGUCUGACUUCACCGUACAUGCUUCCAGGGUCUCACAUGGAAGCAAGAGUUGCCAGGCUGUCAUUCUCAAGGUCUCUUCUGGACUUUUAAAUGUUCAUUGCCACAGUCCAGAAUUGUAGUAGUAUAUAGUAGUAUUCUCAUUACCAAUUCAUUAUGGCUAACUGGAGUUUAUUUUUUUUAGAUGAGGAGGAGGCAUAUCUGACUUUUCCAGUCUCUACAGAGGCUUUGAUGUUUCUUUAUUCUUAACGGUACACUGAAUCAACCUUCACGUUACGGCAGGAUUUUAAGAGUAGGCAGGCUGAAGAUUUGGAGCAGUAAGAUUUAUAAGAGAAUGUGUUUCUUCCAUACAUCAAGAACUUGUCCAUAGUACCCAGUACUCUACAGGGAUAAAUGUCAACGUCUGAAGUGGAUCAAGGGCGAACGAUAACUUGAAUGAGACUGGCAAGAACACCGUUUGGGCGUGCUUUUCAUUUUUAGUAUCUCUUGCAGUUUUUCUGCAUUCCCCUGGAAGAGUGACUCUGGGUUAGGUAUAGUAGACCUUAAUAGUUCUUGGGAGUAAAACUAUAAAUCAAAGAGAAGAAUUAUUGAAUUCUUAAUUCUCAUAAGAACAGUCUUUAUACAAAUUUUUCUCCUACUUAAAAAGCAUAGAUUUUUUUUUUUACUUUAGAAUCACAAGUUCAUUUUUAAAAAAGUUUAAUAAUCAAUAUCAUAUAUUUGGAAAAGAGACCAAGUUUAAAUUCAGCAAGGAUAAGUAAAGAGAAUUAGCGAUCUAGCAGUUUUUAAGGUCUGUAUGGAAUAGGAUGGCAACUGAAAAUCUGAGGCCCAUGCUGAAUCUUCAGCAAAUAAGAAAACAUGUUUUCAAAUGGGAAGGGAGGUUUAUGAAGUUAAAGGGGUGAUUCUUUUGCAUUUAAAAUUUGUUUUGUUCUUCAUAUUUGUUCCCAUUUCAAAUAGUUGACAUUUAUUUUUUCAAUUAUGUUGUACCUUUCCAAAACAUGCAGUCUUUUUAAUAGUCCAUGCCAUGCUACACCUUACAAACCCACACCACCAAAAGGAGUGACUCCGUUCUCGGGAGGGCAGCAUUUCUUUGCCACGAUGAGCUAUAGCUGCAGACUGUAUCAGAAAGGAGACGGAUUAUUCGCUGUUUAAAGUUUAUGUUCCCAGAGAAUCAGCUGUUCUAUCUCAUUGACAAAACCCUGAUGCAGGGUGUGGGAAAGCUAGCGGCCCCUGGACGGGCCGGCAUCUGUCCUUGUCAUGUAGGGGUCACAUAUUAGCAGUCUUCCGUAGGGCCCACGAGACAGAGGGUGUUCUCCCCAAGUUUGACUUACAUUUAAUUUGGGGAAAACACAUCCAUUAUAUAAAGUUAGGUACUUAAAGAGUUGAAUCCACUUAAGUUGACUUUUCACAUGUGGUUUGUAAUUUCUUAUCUGUUUGGAGGAAAAUUAUUCUAAUCACAAUUUGGAGACAUACUGUCUCGCUGUGCACCUUUUUAGUUUGAUGUGUAUUUGAUCUGUAAACAGGAAAAACAGUACAAAGUAAGAUCAUGAGUUUAAAAAAUGAUAAACUCACUAUAAAUAAAACAAAUUAUUACUUUUGAAAUUUGGCAUAAUAAAAAGUGGUGGAUUAGAUAAUAAACUGUAUAGUGGAAAUUUUAUGACUCAGAAGGGGUACCCUAGCAGUUUUAGGGUUUGCUUUGUAUAAGCAACUAGAAAUUAAGUUCAAGUUCUGCUCCAAGCCAGCAAGAAUCCUAUGCCCAACACCUGCUGCGCGUUGGGCAGGAUGCCGGGGGCUGGGCAUGUGGUUUGUCCCCCUGCCUUAGUUUGUCGUCCACAAAACUGCGAGUUGUAUACCUCUUGGUGAUUUGGGAACAAGAGUGUUGACAAGAAACAAGAGUGCCUCUGGUCACCCGAGCAUGUGCUGUCUGUGCAUGGUGUGUAUAGGCUUGCUGAUGACCGAAUGGCACUGGUGUCGGGCAUCAGUUUAGAUCCAGAAGCAGCAAUUGGCGUUACAAAACGGUCGCCUCCUAAAUGGGUGGAUGGAGUGGAUGAAAUACAGUAUGAUAUUGGCCGGAUUAAACAGAAGAUGAAAGAAUUAGCCAGCCUUCAUGACAAGCAUUUAAACAGACCCACCCUGGAUGACAGCAGUGAGGAGGAGCAUGCCAUUGAAAUAACCACCCAAGAGAUCACGCAGCUCUUCCACAGAUGCCAGCGAGCUGUGCAGGCCUUGCCCAACCGGGCCCACAGGGCCUGCUCAGAGCAGGAGGAGCGGCUGCUCCGGAAUGUGGUGGCCUCCCUGGCCCAGGCCCUGCAGGAGCUGUCCACCAGCUUCCGGCAUGCACAGUCGGACUACCUCAAACGCAUGAAGAAUCGAGAGGAAAGAUCACAGCAUUUUUUUGAUACGUCUGUACCACUAAUGGAUGACGGGGACGAUAAUACACUUUAUGAUCGGGGUUUUACAGAUGACCAGUUAGUGCUUGUGGAGCAGAAUACAUUGAUGGUGGAAGAGAGAGAGCGAGAGAUUCGCCAGAUUGUACAGUCCAUUUCUGACCUGAAUGAAAUAUUUAGGGACUUAGGAGCAAUGAUUGUGGAACAGGGUACAGUCCUUGAUAGGAUUGACUAUAAUGUUGAACAGUCCUGUGUCAAAACUGAAGAUGGCUUGAAGCAACUUCACAAGGCAGAACAGUAUCAAAAGAAGAAUCGGAAAAUGCUUGUAAUUCUAAUACUAUUUGUCAUCAUCAUUGUCCUCAUUGUCAUCCUCGUCGGUGUGAAGUCCCGCUAAGUGGCAUUGGGCUCUCGUGUGUGCGGCACAUGUGGGUUUCCCAGGCGUGAGAGGUUUGGCCUACGCCCCGCCAGCUGCCUACAGAGGUGCAGCCACGAGGGACCCUCAGGCAUCAGGGCAGAGGACCUUUCCACCACCCUCUUCACAGUCGUGCUCGAGCCAGGAGAAUGCGCUUUCGUUUUUCCUUCAUUGUUGAGUAUUUAAGGACCUUUGAUACUAUUGGAAAGUAAAGACUGAGUUCUUUGAUCAGUUUUAAUAUAUUUUUUUUUAGAAAGAGAAAAUGAGGUGAAAGUUAACAGGCACUGCAAAAGCUGUUCGGUAUUAUUGUGUAUAUGAUAUUUUUUUUAGCAGUCGUGUCUGAGCAGCAUAUUAAAAUAAUUUUUGGAAAAAUUUUUUUAAAACCAUCUGGUUUUUAAGAAAUUUGGUACCAAAAAUUUAUGAGUAGAGGUGAAAAUACCUCUUCAUCUUUCUCUGUAUAUUUUCCAAUUGAAAACAAACUAAGAAGUCCUUUAAGAAUUUAUAAUCCGUUCCCCAUUAACUUAAUUUAGCUUUUCCAUCACUGUUAAUGAUCAGAGUAACAAAGUGUGAAAAAUAAGAAACCAUCAUUGAUGUUAAUUAACACAUUUAGAUGGGCCAGUAAAAACAGCAUCAUAAGUUUAAAUUUAAUUGCAAAUGGAAUAUUCCUCAUUUAAAAUUUUUGCUCUGCAUUUUCUACUGUAAACCAAAAGGGGUUACUAAGCAAAACUACCUAAAUUUAAAAGUUGGUGAUUUGAAUGAACCUCGUAUUAAAGAAAGCUUGAAAAGUGUCAUGAAAGUCACCAGCUUCAGCCAGUGUGGCCCUGGGUGUCCCCCCCACCAUCCUUAGCACAUUACUUAGAUGCUAACUGCAUAAUGACCUGUUCAAACCAGACUCCAUUUAAUGAACUGUGAAUUUACACAGAGGCCAUUUUAAAUGGGUCACCCCAUUUAGGAUUAGUGGAUCUCAAAUUAUUAACCAAACAUAACUCCAUUUCAAAGUAAAAUAUUCUACCACUGACUUGAUUUAUUGGCUCUUCCGUUGCUACUUAGCAGCGCCCAGAGAGCAGGCGUAGUUCUGAGAGCUGUGGACAUCAUGACUAGGAAACGUGUCAUCCAUGAGGGUGCAGAGCAGAUCACCAGAGUGGGACUUUGUCAGUUACCUACCCGUUAUCAAUAUGGUGCUCGAAAAUGUUCCUGGAACUGUAGAAUAAUGUGGAAAGUGAUGACUUUGAAAACUGAAGUUGUUCAUGUUUCAUGGGCCUUGUUUUGACACCAGUAUCGUUUUAAUGGUCUUUGUGUAAUUUUUGAUAGCUUUUUCAUUGUUUUUGCUUCUCUUAAUGUGUUAGUUUCAUUUGGACCAGUCACAUAAAAUGUUUAUCUAGAAUUGACUGUGAAGUUGUUCCCAGAAAUGUAAACCCAAGUCCAGAGAUUGAAGUUGUCCAAACAGAUCAUGGGCUUAACACCCAAACCUGCCCGAGUUGAUGCCUCCAGGCAGCCACUGAUUUUUCUCUUACUCACGUGGCUGUAGAAUGAAAUGACCUAAAGGUUUAAGGUGUCCCUGGGAUUUUAGGAAUAGUGUGGUAUUCCCUGACAAACUUCUGUUAGAAAAGAGGGUCAGGGAAUAAGAACUUAGUGACUGCUCAGUCACCUCUGAACAUGGUCUUCUAUGAAUCCUGAGAGUUACUCUGAGUCUCAGCAGACUCUGACCACAGGCUGCUCAAGAGUGCUGCACAGGUGGGUGCCGUGCCUCAAAAACAGUCUGCAGUGACAGGAUUCCUGUUACAGCGUCGCAAAAGUCUGUCUUUCCCUUGAAAAAAAGUGACCCUCUAAGAAAGGAUUGCAGUUCAUUUCUAUUUAUUGACUGAAUAUGGUGAUGGGGGUUGGUUUCAGACCCCAUCCCCCAUUUGGGUAAAAUGAUGGAUCUGAUUAGAAAUUGUUCUAAGGAUCUCAUUUUGGAAUGGGGGAACUGUCCCAUUCUUCCCAAAGCCAGUUCAGGGUCAGUUGAAGCUGUCUGCUGCCAUUACUGCUGUCCUCAGGCAGGAAACAGCCUGGAGCUGGCCCCAGAGCCUGUGUCCUAACUUGUCGGGGUCCUCAAAUGACUGUAAUUUUCUGUUGAGCCUGUAUUUGGGAAAGAUCAGUAGCAUUUGAAGAGGUAAGAGAAAAUAAUCAUGUCCUGUACCUCAGGGUUCCUCUCUCUGAAGAAGGAAGACCCCUUUCCUUGCUGACAGCCUGCAGCCAGGGGCACCAUGUGCCCUUUGGGUCUCUGUUGGGCCAUGGAGAUGACAAUCGCCCAGUCUAGUCUCUUCCCAGCCUGCGGUGCACCUGAGGAAGAGACUCACCUGGGAGGAGAAAAGUGUCUGUCCUCCAUCUUCCAAAGCUCCUGAUCCUUCCGAGAUUGUCCCUGAAAACUGUUGUCUCUUGUUUGUUCGUUUUGGGGUUGCUGGUGCUGGCUGGGCCGUGCCAUGUGAAGCAGUAUGUGUCUCUAAUUUAACAGAUUUACUGCUUUCUCUGCUAAUUGAGAGAGCAUUAUUUAUUUGUUUUGACACAAGUGCUUUCAGUGUUUUAUCCUAGCUAAUGGCUUCUUAAAGGUAAUAAAACCCUUCCAACCUAAUUGGUCAGAUUAAGACUUUUUUCUCUUGUAUGCUUAAAUAAAGCAAUUAGUGAAGCGCUUCUAUCCAAAAUGACUUUUUUUGUCCAUUUUUAAAACUAAUUUACUGUUACUGGAAACUUUUUGUACAAUAAAGCCAUCAUGCAGAUUGAAGAACA